AUGGUGUCUCGAACAGUUCUCGCCCUCCUCAUUGCUGGCUCCGCCAGCACCGCCCUCGCCGCCUCCGGGUACUGGGACUGCUGUAAGCCGUCCUGCGCCUGGUCCGGAAAGGCCAACGUCCUCCAGGGCCCCGUCCGAAGCUGCGACAAGAACGACAACCCCGUCGACGCCAGCGUAAAGAGCGGCUGUGACAAUGGCAGCGCCUACACUUGCUCCAACAAUUCUCCAUGGGCUGUCAACGACCAGGUAGCCUUUGGCUUCGCUGCCACUCACAUUAGUGGCGGAAACGAAGCUAGUUGGUGCUGCGCUUGUUACAAAUUGACCUUCACCUCCGGUCCCGUCGCCGGCAAGACCAUGGUCGUCCAAUCCACCAACACCGGCGGCGACCUCUCCGGCAACCAAUUCGACCUCCAAAUGCCCGGCGGCGGCGUCGGCAUCUUCGACGGCUGCGCCUCCCAGUUCGGCCAGAGCCUCCCCGGCGAGCGCUACGGUGGCAUCUCCUCCCGCUCCCAGUGCGACAGCUUCCCCUCAUCCCUCAAGGACGGCUGCUACUGGCGCUUCGACUGGUUCAAGAACGCCGACAACCCAACCCACACCUUCGAGCAGGUCCAGUGCCCCAACGAGCUUGUCGCCAUCUCGGGCUGCCGCCGCGCCGACGACUCCAGCUUCCCCGCCUUCCAGAUGCCCUCAAACCCCACGACUACUCCUCCCGGCAACGGCGGCGGCAGCUCAACCUCCACUAAAGCUCCUACUACGACGACCUCGCCUCCUCCAUCUGGAGGCGCUGCGCAGUGGGCUCAGUGCGGUGGAAUUGGCUGGACUGGUCCCACUUCUUGCGUGUCUCCAUACACGUGCACGAAGCUUAACGACUGGUACUCCCAGUGCUUGUAG